AAAAUGACUGAAAGACCUAGUGUAGUGAUUGUUAGCAGUAGUAACACAAAACCCAAAUCCUUAAUAAAAUUAAUAACGAAAUGUACGGACAUCCAAGAUGACCCAACUGAUACCAACAGAACCUCCCACACUUGGCAAAUAGAAACAAAAUAUUACACAGCAGAAGUGGACAUAAUAGGUAUAAACGAACAAUACCAGAGGAGUCAAACUUUCAACGACAACGUCGAAGCGCUAAUAAUUCACAUGGACACAAACAAAGAAACGGGGCUGCAAGAUCUAACUCAGUGGUCAGCUAUAGAGGACGACUGUGAUCCCGAAAUUAAACUUUUAAUUGCCAACUACUGUACAAACGACACAAAAAUUACGAAAGCGGCGGCCACAGAAUGGUGUCUUCAACGCGGCUUUGAACUAAUCGAGUUGUACCCGGCGCAACAAACGUGCGAACAAGACAUAAUCGAAGAGAAAAUUGGUGUCGAUAGAGUGGUGGAAGCCUUGCAAACCCACACCUGGUCAAACAUGAAUAUGAAAAGCCAGAAGAAAAAUGUAGGUGAAGAAACGAGUAGUGAUAACGUGGAACACGAUGAGUUUCCCGCAAAUGAUCCAGUUGACGACUUUAGCGAUUUGUUUGCACAGCUGAGUAUGAUGAAGGAGAGUUUGCAGUCACUACCUACAAAUCAGAGGAAACAGUGUGCCGAGCAGGUUGUCACUGCGUUUUGGAAAGCCAUAGGUGGAGAUGAAGAAGAGAUUUCUGAUAUGUAGGCCGCUCAAAGCAAGCUAUUAGAGAGCACAUAAGCAGCAAAAUGUAUAUUUUAUUAGCAAAUUAAGAUUUAAAUUUAUCGAGUUUUUAUUAUAUUGUUGUAACUUAUUAUUAAUAUUGGGAAAAUAAAAACUUUAAUUCCGUAGUAAAUAAUAGAGUGAAAUUUAAAACCACAGUAGGCUGUGCUUUUUAAAUGACAUAAAAAUAAAAAUGGUGCCACGAUUGACAUAACUAUGUAAAAAUGGCGAAAGUGGCCAGAAUAGAUAGACGACUGCCAUUUCCACUUUCACAUUUCUGAGAAUCCAAAAUCGGUAAUGUUCAGCCAGCUGACCGGUGAAAUCUGACAGCCGUUCCAGUGGUGGGGGAAAGUCGUUACCGCGUGUACCAGAAAAUAGAGGGAAAUUUAGCGCGCCCGGGAAACCUGCUCGAGCAGUUGCCGGUUCACGAUAGGUUAACAAACUAAAUUUAGUGAAAAUCUGUGUUAAAAAUCAACGAAAACCGGCCAAAUCCAGCCCUGAAGCGUCUCGGGAAAUGGCCGAUGCAACCCCAAGUCAGACAUAACGGUUUUUGGGCUAAUAACGGUAACUUUCACACCCUCAAUGGCGGAAGAAGACGAAAGGGUUGAACCCAGGCGUUCCGCCCGGCUGGCGCUGACCGAAAUUAGUUUUAACGAAAGUCUUAACGAAGAAACGCCCAAUAAGAAUGUGAGUGCUGAUGAGUUGGUUAUAAUUCAGAGAGGACCCAGGAGGAAGCCCAUCAUCUGGUCACCUGUUGAGUUGGACAGAAGCUCGGCGAGGAAGAGCAAGGAGCAGGGUUCAAUGGAGAGCGUGCCCAGGAGACCCAGUCUGAACCCAAAAUUGAGAAGAAGACUCAUUUUAAGCCCCACUAAAGGUUCAGGUGAGAUCAGUGGUGCCAUUGUGAAGAAGCUGAGGAGUUUGCCUAUGUUUUCCCAGGAGCUGCUGCAGAAAACGCCAUGAAGUUUUUUAUUUUUGCAUGAUGGUUUGAUGUAUUAAGUUAAGUAAUUUGAUAUGCAUGUGCCUUAUCUACAUUCUUUUUUAAGAAAUAAAGCUGGUUCAUUUGUACAA